GGGAUGCAAGUCGAGGAGUCUCACGCCUAGGUGUGAGGCGCUUAUUCAAAUAGGGCAAGUGAAGAAGUAGGGAUUGGAGGCUCGCCUGGCGCACAGAGCUAUAUCAUAGAGUUUACAGCCAGCUCGGAACGUCAUUUGAACUCCGGUCAUCAUCAGACGCUUUUCAGCGCCCGUGGGCACGGCUGGCUGAAAGACACACAUGCGCCAGUCCUUGACUAAGGAUCAUACCAACGACCCAAAUACCCCGUGGUCCCAAAUCACCGUCUGUUAGAGCGCGUUUUUCCAUUUCUUCUGCGGAGAAACGGUUUGACAACUAUUCGAAACUUCCAUGAUGCUUGGAGCAGUUAAAAUGGAAGGACACGAACACACAGACUGGAGCACCUACUACGGAGAGCCCGAGUGUUACACCUCGGUUGGCAACAUGAACACAGGCCUGGGCAUGAACUCAAUGAACACCUACAUGAGCAUGUCGGGCAUGAGCACCACGGCCAACAUGACAGCCAACUCCAUGAACAUGUCCUAUGUCAACACGGCCAUGAGCCCCUCCAUGACCGGCAUGUCACCGGGCACCGGAGCCAUGAACAGCAUGGGCGCGGGCAUGACAGCCAUGAGCGCCGCGCUCAGUCCCAGCAUGAGCCCCAUGACCGCGCAGCCUCCGUCCAUGAACUCCCUUACGUCCUACGCCAACAUGAACGCCAUGAGCCCCAUGUAUGGACAGUCCAGCAUCAACAGAUCUAGGGACCCCAAGACAUACCGGAGAAGCUACACUCACGCCAAGCCCCCAUACUCUUACAUUUCCCUCAUCACCAUGGCUAUCCAACAGUCCCCCAGCAAGAUGCUGACGCUGGCCGAGGUCUAUCAGUGGAUCAUGGAUCUUUUCCCGUUUUACCGACAGAACCAGCAACGCUGGCAGAACUCAAUUCGCCACUCUCUAUCCUUCAAUGAUUGUUUCCUCAAGGUGCCUAGAUCUCCGGAUAAGCCCGGCAAGGGCUCGUUUUGGACACUCCACCCGGAUUCGGGGAACAUGUUCGAGAACGGCUGCUAUCUGAGGAGGCAGAAGCGGUUUAAGUGUGACGGCCAAAAGAAGAUGUGCAAGGAUUCAGGCAGGAAGACAUCGGAGGGUGGCUCUAACAGCAGCUCGGAGAGUUGCAACGGCAACGAGUCCCCCCAUUCCAACUCGUCCCCGAACGACCACAAAAGGUCUCUGUCAGACAUGAAGUCGAUCCAGGCUAUGAGUCCGGAGCACGCCGCCUCACCGGUGUCCCACUCCCAGGUGCAUGGGCACCUCAUGUCCCAGCAUCACUCGGUCCUCGCACACGAAGCGCACCUGAAACCCGAGCAUCACUACUCGUUCAACCACCCCUUCUCCAUCAAUAACCUCAUGUCCUCUGAGCAACAGCAUCACAAAAUGGACCUAAAGACUUACGAGCAGGUGAUGCACUAUUCCGGCUACGGUUCCCCCAUGGCCGGGGCGCUGUCCAUGGGUUCAAUGGGAAAAGUAGGCUUGGAUUCCUCGUCAAUACCCACUGACGCAUCUUACUAUCAAGGCGUCUACUCCAGGCCUAUUAUGAACUCCUCAUAAACUGGCGCCAAACAUAAAAUGGACCCUUUCCAGCAAUUUGUACAUUUGUAAAAUUAUAGUUUGUGCAUGUAGGACUAUUCCAGAUAUUUUUGACGUUUCCCACUGAUUUAGUUGUCAAGUUGGUUUAGUAAUUAUUUUGUAAAGGGAUGUUAAUAAUAAUGUGACAAAAUCUGUUCAAAAGGCGGCGUUGAGAAUGGACCAAAAGACAAUAAGCCUAGUGUAAAAUGCAUCUGUAUAGGCCCUACCUACCGGGAUUCUUAAAUGAAUUUAAAUGCAUCGUGGGAGACUGAAGUUCUUCAAUCAUUUGUGUAAUUCUUAUUUAUGGCUUGUAAAUGUGUGUUCUUGUAGUUGACUACAAGAACAGAAUCUAUAUUAAAGUGUUAUUUGGAUUUU